AUGGCACAGACUGCUGCUUCAGAGGGCCUGCUGGUGCUGACCCCAGCACAGAUCAAAUCAAUUUGCCAGGCGAUUCUGGAUUCUGGGAAGCAGUAUGCCAUAAAGAAGAGGAAGCCAUUCCCCCUAAUGUAUUCUUACUAUGGAACUGAAUACUUGGGGGCAGCUCAUGGCCUGUCAUCCAUUCUUCAGAUGCUACUUUCUUACCAUGAACACCUCAAGCCCUCAGAUCGGGAGCUGGUGUGGCAGAGUGUGGACUUCCUCAUGGAGCAGGAACAAAACUGCAACUGGCCUCCUGAGCUCGGCGAGACCAUUGAGAGAGAGAAUGAGCUGGUGCACUGGUGCCAUGGUGCUCCAGGAAUUGCCUAUCUGUUUGCCAAAGCUUAUCUGGUUUCCAAGAAACCACAGUACCUGGACACAUGUAUCCGGUGUGGGGAACUCACGUGGCAGAAGGGCCUGCUAAAGAAGGGGCCAGGGAUUUGCCAUGGUGUAGCUGGCAGCGCCUAUGUCUUCUUGCUGCUGUACCGGCUCACGGGAAACUCUAAAUAUAUCUACCGAGCCCAAAGGUUUGCUCAAUUCUUAUUUACCGAAGAGUUCAAGGCAGGUUCUCGGGUCCUUGAAAGUAUAUACAGCUUGUAUGAAGGCUUCUCCGGGACAGUGUGCUUUCUGAUUGAUCUGCUGCAGCCCAAUCAGGCUGAAUUCCCUCUCUUCAGCGUCUUUGUUUAG